AUGACUUCACUGAAUUCGAUUUAUCGCUCCUUGSUUGUUCUAUUCACCGUAGAGAUAAAACAUGACGAAGAGUUGCUCGAGGAUAUUAGAGAUGACACAUAUACGAAUUUAUUACCUGACAAAGAUUUACCAAAAUUUGGUGAGCCAUUACAGAAUGUCACGGUACCAGUGGGACGAGAGGCGGUGUUGCAAUGUGUUGUUGAUAAUCUGCAAACCUAUAAAAUUGCGUGGCUGCGCGUCGACACACAAACAAUACUGACGAUACAAAAUCACGUUAUAACGAAAAACAACAGAAUGAGCAUAACCCAUGCUGAUAAACGUGCUUGGAUAUUAAGAAUACGUGAYGUCAAGGAAGCGGACAAAGGCUGGUAUAUGUGCCAGGUCAAUACGGAUCCGAUGAAAAGUCAAGUUGGUUACCUGGAUGUUGUGGUUCCACCCGAUAUCCUCGAUUAUCCCACCAGCACGGAUAUGGUGAUACGAGAGGGCGCUAACGUAACGCUGAAAUGUGCAGCAGUUGGCUCACCAACACCGACAAUAACGUGGCGCCGUGAAGGUGGCGAGCCCAUACCGCUGCCUAACAAUACCGAAGUCAUGGCCUACAAUGGCUCCUACCUGACGAUCACUAAAGUACAACGCCUUAAUAUGGGUGCAUAUUUAUGCAUCGCCUCGAAUGGCAUUCCGCCAACGGUCAGCAAGCGCGUAAUGUUGAUUGUGCACUGUGAGCACUUCGCAUCCGAAACUUUUGAAAGUGGCUACAAAAUAACUAUGCGAUUAACCAUAAAGGAUGUUGACGCAUCAGAUUUCGGUUCUUACCGUUGUGUGGCGAAGAAUUCUCUUGGUGAUACGGAUGGCACAAUUAAACUCUAUCAUAUGCCGCAAACAACGACAGUAACCAUAUUAGCACCGACGGUGGCUCUAAACACCGUGCCAGUACUGGUUACGAAAUACAUCAACAAAGAUCAACGUUUCAAUAAAAAAAUUCACCGCACAAAAUCAAAUCUUGCAGAGUCGUCAACAGCCUUGAACAAUGUUUAUAUUGGCGCCACAUCGAGCUUAUGGAAUUCAGAAGAUCACGGCUCAGGGAGAGAACAUAAUCAGU